GGGUUUAUUCUGUACUUGAUAUAAACGUACCAUACUGACGGUAUUCUUCGAGAUUGGGUGAAUUUUCACUUCGUUCUCCCGUUUUUGAGGCCAAACAAAAUCAUAUUCUGAAGGCGUCACACAGUUUGGUCUUGGACGUACAAAUCGGAGGUAGCUGUUGGAUGAAGCCAAAUGGAUUGCAUUGCCGGUUGUAAAAUGGAAACCGAAGUUGCUGCCAGCUCCAUCGCAAUUGACAUUCUCCAAGCUGAGGUUGAUCUUCAUCUUGGACCACAAGAAAACAUCAUCGAGACAGUCGUUGAGACAUUGGAAGACCACCUCAUUGAGACAACUGAAACCUUAGAGGAUGCUGAGGCGUCGUCUGAUGAUGUAGUCAGAGACAAGGGUGAGACGUCAAUAACCCAGGAGCUCUCUGAUGGGUUUAAGAUCAUCCAGUCCCAGAGGAACAGAAGGAAGUUGAUGGAUGGGGAGGGCUUCACAUACACCCUAAAGAAGGAGAGCGAAAAUAAGGUUUUCUGGAGGUGCUCUGUUCGUAAUAAGAAUAUGUGCUGCCGAGCAACAGUCAUCCAGAAUGGUGAUUCAUUCAAAAAGGGUAAUCAUGCUCACCUUCAUGGUCUGGAGGUAGCCAAAAGAUCCAGCAGAAAGAAAAUUUCUUUUGAGAAAUUGGGAUUAACCAAGAUAAAACGAGAGUCCACCAAGAAUAUUUUGACGUUCCAACCUCAAGCCACUGAUGGCCAAGCGCUAUACGAUGGACAGACUGAUGAGACAGAACAAGGAGGAGGUUACACCAUCAUACGGAGUUCAUCCCAGAGACUUCAUCCCAGAUUGAUUGACGAUGCGGGCUACACCUACACCAUGAAGUCAAAAGGCAGUGAAAAAACACAGUGGAGAUGUUCCGUACGAAACAAGACCACAUACUGCCGGGCGACAGUCAUACAGCAAGGUAAAAACUUCAAGAAGGGGGCAUUUGUGCAUAUUCACCCGGGCAAUCCAGGACGUCAUAUGGUAGAGAAGAUUAUUGCUCAAGUUAAGACCAAUGCCAAGCUGAAACCAUUUCAGCCGGCAAGCAAUAUCGUAAAUGAAGUACUCACUGCAAAUGUUGGCAACCGAGAACUCCCUGGCAUGCCGCAUCCUACUAAUCUUGCUCGUGCUGCCAAUCGCAUGAGGCAAAGAGUUCAAGGAAAAGGUCUUGACUUCCAAGAUGGCUUAGUCCCAGAGGACUUUGUGAAGAGAGUUGUCAACCGCGGGAAGAAAUGCCAUUUUCUACUGGCCACCAAUAACCAGUUACAAAUUCUCUCCCACAUGACACAGUGGUACAUAGAUGUAAACACAAAGAUCGUGAACUCACCUUUUAAGUUGCUGUUGUCCGUGCAUGGCUUUGUGAAGAAAAAUCACCAAGCCAAAGUUGUGCCAUUGUUCUUUGCGCUAAUGUCUGGCAAAAAGCGAAAGGACUUCACAACUGUGUUUAAUGCGUUGACAGAGUUAAUUCCAGAUGGUAUCCGUGUGACAGAGUGCAUGCUUGACUAUGAUACCAAUUUGUGGAGGGGCCUUAAUGACGCCAUCCCAAAUCUAGAAUGUGUUGGUAGCGCCUACCAUUGGAUCCAGACCAUUUGGGGUAACAUUAAAGCCUUUGGGCUUCAUCUGAGUUACCUAGAAGAUCCCAAGGUGUUUAAGCUGAUGAGGAAACUCAUGGCCCUACCAUUCAUCCCAGCUGAACUCGUACCAGAGAUGCUCACAAAGCUACAGCAGAAGGCCACCACAGGGUUAGUGCAUCAACUCCUGAACUACGUUGAGGCAACGUGGGUUGAAGGUGAUAAGUGCCUGUGGUCACCAUCAGCAUGGAGUGUGUACAUGCAGCCGUAUCGAACAUGCAACGACCUUCACAACUGGCAUGACCGUCUGAGCAAAAUAGGCAAGAAAGGACGUCUUCCGCUGAGUGCCUUGGUGCUACAGUUGUAUGGUGAAGCUAAGGUAGCAUUGCAGGUUAUGAUCAUAUACGAUGGGGUCCAGAAGAGGCCUCAGGAGGAAUCUAACAAGGCUGUACAGAAUAAAACCUCAAGAUAUUGGGACGAUUAUCAGCAACAAAGGAAGUCAUUAAAACAUCUCCUGAAAGCUUGUGCUGCCACUGUGGUUGACGAAGGUUAUGUUGAAAACUAAACCAUACCUUGUUGUUAUUUACCAUCUAUCUAUCAGAAGAAAUGAUUUCAAACAUAGGAUUCUUUUCCUUGUUUCAGAUAAACAGUGUACAGUUUUCAUGGAAUAAAACGGUGUCAAGUUCUACAAUAGACCUUAAUUUCCCAAAUACUUGGUACGCUAGCAUUGGGCGUGGAAUGAGGUGCAUGCUGGUCUACCUAGCAGUCAAGUUUGAUCGCUAGCUAGACAAGCUUGCACCUCAUUCAAAUGUUAUCGCUUGCGAAAAGGUUUUAUGUUUAUCAGGAUGAUCAUACUUUUAAAGCCAUUAGACACUUUCGGAACAGAAUUUUUU